CAAGUGCGUCCAUUUCUCCUUUUAAGUGCAAAACUUAACUACCUUCCCUCUCCUCCCCACACACCAUCACUCCUACCUACUCUUUUUGCUACUGAGAUACCGAGCUCCUGAUCUCUUCCAAAUCCUCGAAAAACCCUAAUCUCAUUCUGGCUACUUUCAUGUUUUUAUCGUAUUCAUUUAGUCUAGAGAUGUGCCAGCCGUUGUUUCAGGAAGUGAAUUAAGUACUGUAUAGUCUCUUAAUUUAUUGCUUGCAGUCCCUAUUGAUAUAUAGCAUUGUAGAAGAUGGAGAAGAGUUGGAGCUGGGAGCAGAAGACACUGGUUAGUGAACUGAUUCAGGGAAUGGAGAUGGCUAAACAGUUGAGAGUACAGUUUAGUGCAAAUUCUUCAUCAGAGACCACAGAGACGUUGUUACAUAGAAUUUUAGCUUCAUAUGAGAAGGCUCUUAUGAUUCUGAGAUGGAGUGGGUCGAUGGGACAGACCCAGACUGCAGCAGGAGUAACAACAGGUGUUCCUGGUUCUCCGAUUUCUGUUAAUGGAAGUUUUGGGAGCAAUGAAUUCGAUAAGGGUCUCAAAGAUCAUCGGGACCUUAAUGAUGUCUCAAAGAAAAGAAAGAUAAUGCCCAGAUGGACGGACCAGGUGAGAGUGAGCUCUGAGACUGGGUUGGAAGGACCCCAUGACGAUGGCUAUAGCUGGAGAAAGUAUGGUCAGAAAGACAUCCUUGGAGCCAAAUAUCCCAGAAGCUAUUACAGAUGCACCUUUCGCCUUACUCAAAACUGCUGGGCUACAAAGCAAGUGCAGAGAGCAGAUGAAGAUCCCAACGUAUUUGAAAUCACAUACCGAGGAAGACACAUCUGUUCCCAUGCUACCAAUUUGGUACCAGCACCAUCAUCACCAGAAAAGCAAGAACAGAAACAAAACUUCAACAACAAUGACAAUCAGCAAGAUCAACGACCACUUGAUAUCCUCGGAAACAUUGGAAGCAGUUUGAGGAUUGUUACUGAGGAACUGGAAAACAAAGAGAUGUCCUAUCCCUUCUCUUUUCCUUCAACUUCCUUUGGAUGCACGAAGAGUGAAAACAGUAACUUCUCACUUUCGACACUUGUCAACAACACUAGUUUCAUGGGCAGUUUUUCCCCACCAUUUUUAUCCCCGGCUACCCCUGAGUCAAACUUUCACUCAGUGUCCCCAUUCCAGAACAGCAACUUCAAAGGGGCUCACAACGUGCAUCGUUCGGAAUCUGACCUCACUGAGAUCAUCUCUGCCAACACUUCAGCCACCAGUUCUCCGAUUCUAGACUUGGAUUUCUCACUUGAUCCGGCGGAAAUUGGCCAUUUCCCAUUCUCUUCAGCGUUUUUCACUUAGUUCCACUUAAGCUCUAAAAUAAGAAUAAAAAGGGCAUGUGGGAUGCAUUCACCUGUUGAAUCUAGCUUUUGUAUUAUAAUUUAUAAAGGAAGGGGUGUUUUU